GCGGCGCGCGGCGAGGGGAGCUCCAGCGGCCGCGGCGUCCCCGCCCUGGCCCGAGCCCCUGAUUGGGUGCGUCCCGCCCGGCUCCAGCCAGCUCCCGGCUGGAACGGGGGCCAAGCUCAGCGCCGGCUCCCGGGUCUUCGCUGGAGAUUUAAAGCCCGAAAGUUUUGUGGAGCCGGAUGACUUUCUCUCCGCCGAGGGGAGGAGAGCCGACCUCCGUCCGGGACAGGGAGCGGGGGUGCGCUGGUCCCAAUUCCAGGUUGCAACCCAUCAAUGCUGAUUCUUUGGUAAAGGAUCUACUUGAAGCAGCUCUUAAGUCAUCCUAGCACCGUGCCUGUGGCCUCCUACACAGUUGCAGCUCAUGUCCAGAGAAAACACUUUCUGGAGCAGCUGCAGGAGGUCACUUGGCAGACUUAAUGAAAGAUGCCGAGGAGGAGGAAUUUCCAUGCCAGUGCCCUCCAUGUAUGCUGUGUUCCGUUCUUUUGCAACCCCAGAGAAAUGGUAUUAAAAGAAAAUAUUGUGUGAAAUAAGAAGACCUGCUUUCAUUUUUUCACAACUGACAUAUAUUGAGAAAGAUCUCUUCUACAGCAUACCAAGUUCUGUGGUCUGGAAGCACUCAUUUAAAACUGAUCUUAAAUAAAACACAACCAAAUGGACCUGAGAAUGUUGGUUAGUGGCAGAAGAGUAAAAAAAAGGCAGUUUCUUCAGUUAUUUGCCACUUGUUUCAUAUUAAGCUUCAUGGUUUUUUGGAGAUCAAUUGAUAAUUCCAUUGUGAGUCAUAUGAAGUCCUACUCUUACAGAUACUUAGUAAAUAGCUAUGACUUUGUAAAUGAUACCCUGUCACUUAAGUAUGGCUUAGAGGGACCUCGAUACCCGUACUUGAUUAACCACAAGGAGAAAUGCCAAGCUCAAGAUGUGCUCCUCUUAUUGUUUAUAAAGACGGCUCCUGAAAACUACAACCGGCGUUCAGCCAUUAGAAAAACAUGGGGUAAUGAGAAGUAUGUUCGAUCUCAACUGAACGCCAACAUCAAAACUCUGUUUGCCCUAGGAACUCCUAAUCCACUGAAGGGAGAAGAACUACAGAGACAACUGCUUUGGGAAGAUCAAGUAUACAGUGAUAUAAUUCAGCAAGAUUUUGUGGAUUCGUUCUACAAUCUUACUCUGAAAUUACUUUUGCAGUUCAGUUGGACAAAUACCUUUUGUCCGCAUGCCAAAUUCCUGAUGACUGCUGAUGAUGACAUAUUUAUCCAUAUGCCAAAUCUUAUUGAAUACCUUCAAAAUUUAGAACAAAUUGGCGUUCAGGACUUUUGGAUUGGUCGUGUUCACCGUGGUGCCCCUCCAGUUCGGGAUAAAAGCAACAAAUACUAUGUCUCCUAUGAAAUGUACCAGUGGCCAGCUUACCCUGACUACACAGCUGGUGCAGCCUAUGUCAUCUCCAGUGAUGUAGCCGCCAAAGUCCAUGAGGCCUCACUGACCCUGAAUUCUAGUCUCUACAUAGACGAUGUUUUCAUGGGCCUCUGUGCCAAUAAAAUGGGGAUAGUACCACAAUACCAUGUAUUCUUUUCUGGAGAAGGUAAAGCUCCUUAUCAUCCCUGCAUCUAUGAAAAAAUGAUGACAUCUCAUGGCCAUGUGCAAGAUCUUCAGGACCUUUGGAAUGAUGCUACAGAUCCAAAAGUAAAAACGAUUUCAAAGGGUUUUUUGGGUCAAAUAUACUGCAGAUUAAUUAAGAUAGUUCUCCUUUGUAAAUUGACCUAUACGGACACAUAUCCUUGCAGGGCUGCCUUUGCCUGAUUUAGUACUUGAAUGUUGUAAUGUUUUCCUGUCACUGAGCCAAACCUGGAUGGAGAAAGCUUUCAAUGUCCAUCUACACCCUAAGUAAAAUGAAUGUGAAAGAUGAAGGUAUUUUGAAAGCCUAAUCUCUCCAAAUAUUUGAUCACACAGGCUACCCAAUAUAACAUCUAAUUUAUGGCCUAAACUCAUUAAAAGGAAUUCAUAUUUUUAAGGCCCUGGACACUCUCCCUUAUCUUGUAAACUCAAGGCAAGUACUCAACCACACUUCCAUCUUUUCGCUGGUUAACUUGAGAAAAGAGUCGCAUGAACUUUCCUGCCCUGGCUGAUUUUGAACUUCGAUUCUCAGAUAUCAGCUUCUUGAGUUACAAGUGUGAGCCACCAGUACCUGGGUAUUUGUUGGUUUAAAACAAAAUUCAUGCAAAAUUCAAGGCUUUGCUUAUGUAGAGGUGUAGAGAACUUACUAAGAAACAAGGAAGAUACCAAGUGAAUGUACAGUAAUGCAUUUCAAAGAAAUGAAUACACCUUUAGUGUUGCAGUUGGUUUUUGUUAAAGAGCACAUGGAGGAAGAAGGCCAGACAACCACUGGCACAGUGGAAAGGACACGAGUCUAGUAAUGUCUUUUGUCUUUAUGUUGUGAAAGCUCGUUUCCUCAUAAAUAGUGGAAUUACCUAAUGGUAACAUCCAUGUAGCUAAUUACCUGGAUAGUAUUGGUAUCAUUUAAAAUAUAUUUCUAUCUUCUUUGUUUUCCAAUAUUUAGUGUGAAAUUUCAGAAAAUCAUUAGUGCCAUCCUAACUGGUACUUGAUGAAUUUAUUUCUCCUAAUGUUACAAAAUGACACAACAUGGAAAAGUUUUUACCUGUUAGGAUCUUUUUCUAGAAGCAUUGUUAAUUGUGAUGGGAUGAUUUUAACUGAAUCAUGUAUCAUUUUG